GUGGCACAGGGUGGACUCCUGAAGGCUUGAAGAAACUGUGAAGUAACUCUGCAAGUCAGAGCACCAGGCAGAGUGACCCAGGGAUAUGGAGCCAGGGGUCCAGGGUUUGGUGAACAAGUGGCCAUGGGGAACCAUACAACUAUCGGCUAUUUUGUUCUAUCAGGUGUUUCCAGUGACCCAGAGCUCCAGCCUUUCCUGUUUGUGGUGUUUCUACUUAUAUACCUAGUAACUGUGGUGGGGAAUGGGGUGAUCAUGGUGGUAGUAAGGUCUGAUGCUCACCUUCACAUCGUGAUGUAUACUUUCCUAUUCCAUUUAUCCUUCCUGGACAUCUGCUACUCUUCAAUCACUGUCCCAAAGAUACUGCAGAAUUUCCUGGCAGAGAAAAAAAAUAUUUCUCUCCAUGGAUGCAUUGCCCAGUUGAGCUAAAUUCUUCUGGUGUCCUGUGCAGACAUUUUUAUCCUAUCAGCAAUGGCCUAUGAUCGAUAUGCUGCCAUCUGUGACCCACUGCAUUAUAGGAGGACCAUGAAUAAACAAGUCUGUAUUAGACUAGUGGGUGGUGCAUGGCUGGUCAGCAUAUUUUAUUCGCUGACAAACACUGCUCCUGUGUUACAUUUACAUUUCUGUGGGCCCAAUGAACUUGAUAAUUUCAGUUGUGAGCUCCCGUCUCUACUAGAAGUGUCCUGCACAGAGACCUUCAUCAGUAAGAUGACAUUCCUCAUUUUAGGUAUGAUUGUAUGUUUAACCUCAUUCUCCAUCACCCUCAUCUCUUACUUCCUCAUCAUCUCAACCGUCCUCAGGAUACGCUCCACUGAGGGUAGAGAUAAAGCCUUUUCUACCUGCAGCUCCCACCUUACUGUUGUUGUUUUUUAUUAUGGGGCUGGUUUUGCCAGAUAUCUGAGACCCAGUUCAGCCUCUUCAGUAGUUUUUGACAGAAUCUUCUCUAUCCAGUACAGUAUCUUAACUCCCAUGUUAAAUCCUAUCAUCUACAGCCUGAGAAACAUGGAAGUAAAGGCAGCUCUUAGGAACUUACUGAGGAAAAUAAAAGGCAUGUAAAUGUAUUUCAAAAUUU